AUGGCAUCCUACUCCGAUUAUAACGAUAUCAAGGCCUCGGCCAAAGAAAACGCUGCUGGCGUAUACGCCUACGGUCAACGACAGAUUGAUCGGGUCGUCAGCUAUGACACCAGACAGAAGGCAUACAGCGGCGUCGCUGACUUCGCCCAAGAGCGGCCCUUGCUUUUUGCCUUCAUCCUCUCCCAGCUCAUCUUCUCUUCCCUUCCUAUCCUCGUCUUCUCGGUCUUUGCCAUCUCGACUAUUGUCUUCGCCCUCGGUGCUGCCGUUAUAUUUGCCCUCUUCUGGAUCGGUGUCGCCAUGCUCCUCCUCGUGCCUGUACUCUUCUUCACGUGCACAGUUGCAAUUCUCGUGUGGGUGUGGGCUGCCAGCAGCUUCCUCAUUGCGAGGUGGCUAUAUGAGAUGGCCUCUGUGGGCGCCAAGGGCGACCAAGAGACUGAUCUGCCUAACAAGAAGGGCUACGCCGUAACAAAGCAUGAGAACGGCAACGAUUCAUAUUAG